AUGACGCUACAAGACCCGUUUCGCGACACAAACGUAGCCCGUACGGAAGUAGAAGAUUAUAUCCGCUGCAGACUCCAUGGCUUUUACUUUGAUCCGCGAGACUCGAUUCUCCCCACCAAACAUGAGGACGAAGGCUUGUUUCAGCAUCUCAGCUUGAAGACUUCAAAAGGAAGCUCUACCAAACAUGUGUCCUCAUUCAUCUGGAGAGCACUGUUUCAUUGCGUAACAGCCUGGGACGUGUUGGAAAGCAAAGGCUCUGCUACUUUCUGGACAAGAGUUUCGUGCGAACUGGCUGCUGGUAGCAUCCAAGUCACGCCCAUGAUACUGAGAGACCUGGUUACUGUUUUGAUCAAGGCACGGCAUCGAUACAUCAUUCGGCAGAGAGGGAUAUACCCGGACUUCAACCUGCAAGACGACAUAUCCGGGUCCAGCGACAGUCCAGCGCAAAGGAUACUGGAGCGGGUAGAGGCCCUCGAGGACCCCGUAUCAUUCUCCGGGGACGUCUUCAGGAUACCGCUGUGCAGCAGCCGUGAGGAAGCAGACCUGAGGCGACGGCUGACCACGUUCGGGCCGGUCAAGCAAAUUUCCCGCAAGUCGUUCCAACUACACACGUCGGCGCCACAGAAGCUAUAUCCCAUCUCCGAGCUGGCCCGCGGGCCCAAGACCUCGAACCUCUUGGGCUUGUUUGAUCAGAUGGUAAGACCAAGCUUUCCCGAAAGAAUUGCGAAAGCGACCAAGGACCCGGAAUGCACCCCAGGCAAACGACGGCCCAUUCAAACGCCAAAAAGCGCUCCCGAAUGCCGCGCCGAUGGCGGCAGGAAAAGGAGAAGCCAAUGCUCGCCCGGGUCACCUUUGCAGAAGAAGCCAUGUGUGUCACGACGACGGGACCCAGCGCGGCAGAAUGUCACGGUCGAAGGGGCAUCAGCAGCAAGCCAGACAGCGGCAAGCCAGACGACAGCAUACGCGGGAGCCAAGACUGGACCUGGGUUACAAAGGCCACCCACCAUCUCCACGCAGAGGCUGCAGUGA